GCCGAUUGCCUAUUGGAUAAGGCGGCAUUCAGCUGGUUAUCCCCAUUCCUCUGGUUCGUUCGUCCGGCUUCUCCCAACGCUCGUAUGGCCGCCGUCCACCCCACCACGGCCGCCCUCCCCACGCGCCAGUCCCUUCUCUCCUUUCCCCGGCCGUCGACCCUCUCUUGGUCCGCCUCCAUCACCCAGCACCGCGCCCCCCUCUCUCCACGGCUCGCGCUCUCGCCGCCACCCGCUGCCAAUCGGCGGUCCUUCGUGGUGCGCGCGGCGUGGACGCGGCGGUCGCGCGGCGAGCUCGAGAAGAACCCGAAUCGCAAGUCGUGGAAGCAGCGCACGGACAUGUACAUGCGCCCGUUCCUGCUCAACGUCUUCUUCUCCAAGCGCUUCGUCCACGCCAAGGUCAUGCACAGGGGCACCAGCAAGGUAAUCGCUGUCGCCACCACCAACGCCAAGGACCUGAGGAACACGCUCCCGUCCCUCGUUGACGAAAACGCCUGCAGGACCAUCGGCCGUCUCAUAGCCGAGAGGUCCAUGGACGCCGAUGUCUUCGCCAUGGCAUACGAGCCCAAGAAGAACGAGAGGGUCGAGGGGAAGCUCGGGAUUGUCAUUGACACCAUUAAGGAGUAUGGCAUCAUCUUUGCCUAGAUACGGAGAGUUACUGAUAAAAUCAAAAAUAUUAUGCGCAAGUUUUUUAUCUGACAAAAUUAGGAGCAAAGAUCUGAUUUGCUGAUUGUAAGUACAAGGAGCAUGUGGAUUUGCAAGGAAAUCAUAUCUGAUAUAAGUGAUGGCUCAGUGGAGAUGUAUGGGUUUCAACGUCAGUUGGUUAUCAGGUAACUGAUGAAUGGUUUCCAGGAGCUGUGGCAUGUUCCUCAAAUGAGAACUGAAUGGUCCAGACGUUGAGAGUCUUACUGCUUGGUAGCUAUGUUUAUCUGUUGGUUUGCUGAAGUUUUGUCACUCAUAUUGUUCAUCAAAAUUAUGUCUGGAACUGGAAGAGAGCUGGUGAAUGGAAUGAUAGUGUAAAUGUAGUUGCUACUUGUCAAAGGCAAUGGUAAAACCCUGUUUUUUGGGGACUAAUGAGAACACCUUACCUUGUUAGUACUUUUCACUGCCUAUGGUUUAUCAAUGUACUCUAGAAAAGAGUGUUAAUAUUC